GUGGCUGGGGUGUCUUCGCUCUCGGACUCCUGCGGAAACAUGUCUGGUCGUGGCAAGGGCGGCAAGGGCCUGGGCAAGGGCGGCGCCAAGCGCCACCGCAAGGUGCUGCGCGACAACAUCCAGGGCAUCACCAAGCCCGCCAUCCGCCGCCUGGCGCGCCGCGGCGGCGUCAAGCGCAUCUCGGGGCUCAUCUACGAGGAGACGCGCGGCGUGCUCAAGGUCUUCCUGGAGAACGUCAUCCGCGACGCCGUCACCUACACGGAGCACGCCAAGCGCAAGACGGUCACGGCCAUGGACGUGGUCUACGCGCUCAAGCGCCAGGGACGCACGCUCUACGGCUUCGGCGGCUGAGCUGCUCCCUUCCUUCACUGCUUCAGACGCCAUCACACAAAGGCCCUUUUCAGGGCCGCCCAUGCAGUCACAGAGGAGCUGGACGCUGCUGUGGCUCGUUCCCUCUUAGUUACUGUAAUUGAGGGAGGAAGGCUAGGCUGCAGACACCCGGGCGGUCCUUUUAUCAGUUACUGUCGUCUUCCUGCGUCUGUAGUGUUUAUGUACUUCUAUUGGCCUCUGGGUGUUUACACCUUCUGUGGAUUCCUAACUUAUAUAGCGAAAUUCUAGCUGGUUUUUUUCUCGGUCAAGCAAUUUCUGAGCU